AUGGAGUUGGAUGAUCAGUCAAAGUACAACGCAGUUAGGAGACUCACUAACACGGAGAGCGUCCUCAGAAAUCCUCACUUUCCAAGCAAGUGGAAAAUCUACUGGUUGGAUGAUUUCUUCUUCAAAGAGUACAGUGCGGACUUAUCUGCUCUGCUUCUGAAAAAGAUGAGUGAGAAGGAGCCGCUUUGUUUCUUCCACAUCGGUGCGAGGCGGUAUGAGGUGGACUUUACCACUAUGACCCAGACCAGAGUCAGCACAGGCUUCCAGAGAGAAAUCCGAUGCAGGCCUUCCUACCGCUCACCAGAACUGAUGCAGCCUCACCUAAAAACUGGAAUCCAGUUUGACUCCGCCCACCCUGACAGCUGUGCUGCCGGGGCCAACUUCAGCAUAGAUCCCCUGCAGGAUUUUGACUCUUGGUACCCUCCAGUCUGGCUUCAGGAAAAAGUGGAGGAGUACCGCCUGGUAGAUGUUCCGGCCGGGACCCUGGCUUACCAAAGCAUCAAGGACCUUUUCCACCAAAGCCUUUCAGAAAGCCAGAUGGAUGUGAUCAGCAUCCAGCAGGUCCAGAACCUUUUGCACUGGGACAAAUACCAAAGACAGAAAACACACAUGCAGAAGCGCCACACCGAGGCUCAGGGACCUCUGGAAAGACAUCUCUUCCACGGGACCACCAAGGAAGCCUCAGAGGGCAUCUGCAUCAACAACUUUGACCCCCGAAUGGCCGGGCCCAAUGGACAAGAUUACGGGUUUGGCUCCUACUUCGCUACCAAGGCCUUUACCUCCCACAGCUACACAGAAGCAAUGAACUCGGAUGAGCCAGGCUACAUGUUUCUGGCCAAAGUCCUGGUGGGCAGCGUCUGCUUGGGAAAACAUCACUACCGCCGACCACCAGACAGCAAGGGACAUGUUUACGACACCUGUGUUGACAAGAUGCACAGCCCCGAAAUAUUUGUAGUGUUCGACAGCUGCCAGUGCUACCCAUACUACCUGAUCAAGUACAAAAAUCUACCAGCAGAGAUUAACCUCCAUGGCUGA